CGUCCUUGUUAUAAAAUCGCUCCUGUUAACGCUUCUUGCCUUUCAUUUCGCGUUGGUCUGAAGCUUCCUUCUCCUCUCUCGUAUCCCUCUCUGGUUUUUGUUGCAAGAUCUCUCUCAAGCUUUUUCUUCAGAGGGAUCCAAAGGCUGAAGGAGAAAUGGGGUUGACAUUCACUAAGCUUUUCAGUCGGCUUUUUGCCAAGAAAGAAAUGCGAAUUCUGAUGGUUGGUCUUGAUGCUGCUGGUAAGACUACUAUUUUGUACAAGCUCAAGCUUGGUGAGAUUGUCACUACAAUCCCUACUAUCGGGUUCAAUGUGGAGACUGUGGAGUACAAAAACAUUAGCUUCACUGUUUGGGAUGUUGGUGGCCAAGAUAAGAUUCGUCCCCUGUGGAGGCAUUACUUCCAGAACACACAGGGUCUUAUAUUUGUUGUAGACAGCAAUGACAGAGAUAGAGUUGUUGAGGCCAGAGAUGAGUUACAUAGGAUGUUGAAUGAGGAUGAAUUGAGAGAUGCAGUAUUGCUUGUAUUCGCCAACAAACAAGAUCUUCCUAAUGCAAUGAAUGCUGCUGAGAUCACUGAUAAGCUGGGUCUCCACUCUCUCAGGCAGCGCCACUGGUACAUCCAGAGCACCUGUGCUACCUCUGGGGAAGGCCUUUACGAAGGUCUGGAUUGGCUCUCCAACAACAUUGCCAACAAGGCUUAAUGUUGUUUGGGAGUUACAUUUUGGAACGGCUAUUCUGGAUGCAGGGGUGAAUAUUAUCUAGUUUUUUUGGGUCCUCUCAUGAGAGACUAAUUCGAUUUGUGUUCUUUGUCAGCGGUUUAGGAUAUUUCGGAGGCUAAAAUUGUAGUGGAAAUUUAUUUCGUGGAUUAUGUGAUAUGUAGUACUUGAGAUUUUCAUUGGAUUUGGAUGCAAGGUAUGUAACUUGAAACUAAUUCGCUGCGCCAUCUCAAUCUAAAAUUUAUUUUAU